AUGAAUGAUAAACAAUACGAAUACGAAGUUGAUUUAGCUGCAAGAGUCAGAGGACUGCUGGAUACUAAGCCAGAUAUAGCCGAGUGGAUUCAAAAUUGCACAGAACAGUUAGCAGAAACCGGAGAAAUUGAUAAAGAGCAAUAUGACUUUCUUAUUGAAUAUCUAUUAAAGUUUGAUCUUGAUCUUCGCCAAGAAAUCAUAUCAGUGCAGAAAUAUGACGAAAAUGGCGAACAAUUAAUGGCUUUAAUUUUUGAAUCUGAAAAUCAAGUAGAAGUUCUCGAAGAAGAGGAUGAAGAUGAUGACUCAAUGGAUAUCGAUUUUACUAGUUCCAAGAAGGAAGAAGUCUAUGUUUUGCCUCCUUGCCUCGAUAUUGAUUAUUUCAUCAAAGAACAAGACUUCAAGGUCAAGAAGGUCGCGGAAACUCUCGUCGUAAAUGAAGAUUUUGCCUACUUUAUCCUCAAAUACAGCGAUUGGGACGUUACAAAAGCUAUUAACAAUUAUCUCGCAAAUCCUGACAGUACUUUAUCAAAAAUUUCAGCCAAAUCGAGCCAAGUCAAGGAAAACCUUGGUCUCCGUCUCUGUGGCCGUGGAGAUUGUGUUAAUUGCUGCGAAGAAGACGUUGAGCUUUACUCGUUGCAUUGCGGUCAUCAGUUCUGCCUUGAGUGUUGGAAAAUGCAUAUUUCUAACCAAGUUGACAGAGGAAAUACAAAUAUUAUUUGUAUGGAGUGCAAUUGCAGCGCUCCUAUUACUAGACGUGACGUUAAGAACCUAAUGGGUGAAGACGUAUACGAAUCAUACACUAACUUCCUCAUUGAAUCGCAAAUUUCGGAAAAUCCAAAUCUUAAGCACUGUAUUAACCCUCGAUGCCAAAAAAUACUUACAUCCAACGCCAUUGGCUACUGCCUUGUUGCAGAAUGCGAAUGCGGUGCUCGUAUGUGCUGGAGAUGUGGCGAAAUUGCACAUGACCCGAUCACAUGCGAAAACAAAGAGAAGUGGCUCAACAUAGCCAAUGCGGACAAGAUUACUGCCGAGUGGGUUCAUCAAAAUACCAAACUUUGUCCGAAAUGCCAUGCAAGAAUCGAGAAAAACGGUGGCUGCAACCACAUGACAUGCUACAGCUGCCACUAUGAAUUCUGCUGGAUCUGUGGCCACGAAUGGGCUUCCCAUGGUGGCGAUUUCUAUAAUUGCAACAGAUAUAAGCCAGAAAAGAACCAAGGAAAGAACGAACAUAUUACAGAUAACGUCGACAGACUCGCGCACUACUUCGAAAGAUUUUCAAACCACAUCAAAUCUCGAGAAACCGAAGAAAAGAUGAGAGGCGAAUACCAAACUCGAUUACUAAAGCUGCUGACUACGCACGCACAGUAUCCGAUCGAAGAAAGGGAAGCUCUCAAACUCCUCAAAAAAUUAUUUCACCAAAUCGACUUUGCUCGAACAAUUCUUACUUGGUCAUACCCACACGCGUACUACAUGAAGUAUGGAUCUCCUGAACUCUCCGUUUUUGAGUACGUCCAAAGAGAUGUCGAAAAAUUCGUUGAUCAGCUCACAGAUAUGGUCGAAAACCAGACAGGACUAUGCGCCAAUGAUUUCCGUGUUCCAAUGUUGGCUGUAGAAAAGAACGUGGAGACAUUAUUGAAACAUGUUUCACAUUCUUACUCUAAUUAA